AGAAUGAUACAAAAGAAAAAAAAAAAUUUCAGGAAUACCAGUGCUAGAAAUGUUCUCUGGGCUUUUGCACAGGCAACCAUGGGGAAAAGAGUGGCCAUCGUUGGAGCUGGCGUCAGUGGCUUGGCCUCCAUCAGAAGCUGUCUGGAAGAGGGGCUGGAGCCCACCUGCUUCGAGAAGAGUGAUGACAUUGGGGGCCUGUGGAAAUUCUCGGACCAUGCAGAGGAAGGCAGAGCUAGCAUUUACCAGUCUGUCUUUACCAACUCUUCCAAAGAGAUGAUGUGUUUCCCAGACUUCCCAUAUCCUGAUGAUUUCCCCAAUUUUAUGCACAACAGCAAGCUCCAGGAAUAUAUCACUGCAUUUUCCAAAGAAAAGAAGCUCCUGAAAUACAUACAAUUUAAGACACUUGUAUCUGGUAUAAACAAACGUCCUGAUUUCUCAGUCACCGGCCAAUGGGAUGUUACCACUGAAAGGGAUGGUAAAAAAGAAUCAGUUGUUUUUGAUGCUGUAUUGAUUUGUUCUGGACACCAUGUAUACCCCAACCUACCAAAAGAGUCUUUUCCAGGACUAAAACUAUUUAAAGGUAAAUGCUUCCACAGCCGGGAGUAUAAGGAACCAGGAAUAUUCAAGGGGAAGCGAGUCCUGGUGAUUGGCCUGGGGAAUUCAGGCUGUGAUAUUGCCACAGAACUCAGCCACACAGCUGAACAGGUCAUCAUCAGUUCCAGAAGUGGCUCCUGGGUGAUGAGCAGGGUCUGGGAUGAUGGCCAUCCAUGGGACAUGGUGUUUGUCACUCGAUUUGAAUCCUUCCUCAAGAACAACUUGCCGACAGCCAUCUCUGACUGGUGGUACAUGAAGCAAAUGAAUGCAAGAUUCAAGCAUGAGAACUAUGGCUUGAUGCCUUUAAAUGGAACCCUGAGGAAAGAACCUGUGUUUAAUGAUGAACUCCCAGCUUGCAUUCUAUGUGGCAUCGUGUCCAUUAAGCCUAAUGUGAGAGAAUUCACUGAGACUUCAGCCAUUUUUGAGGAUGGGACGGUGUUUGAAGCCAUCGAUUCUGUCAUUUUUGCAACAGGCUAUAGUUAUGACUACCCCUUCCUUGAUGAGUCCAUCAUUAAGAGCAAAAACAAUGAGGUCACCUUGUUUAAAGGCAUUUUCCCUCCCAAACUGGAGAAGCCAACCAUGGCAGUGAUUGGUUUUGUCCAGUCCCUCGGGGCUGCCAUUCCCACAGCUGACCUGCCAGCCCGCUGGGCAGUACAAGUAAUAAAAGGAACUUGCACUUUGCCUUCUGUAACAGACAUGAUGAAUGACAUUGAUAAGAAAAGGGGGAAAAAGCUCAAAUGGUUUGGCACCAGCGAGACUGUACAGACGGAUUAUAUUACUUAUAUGGAUGAACUUGCCUCCUUCAUUGGGGCAAAGCCCAACAUCCCAUGGCUGUUUCUCACAGAUCCCAGAUUGGCUGUGGAGGUUUUCUUUGGCCCUUGCAGCCCAUACCAGUUUAGGCUGGUGGGCCCAGGGAAGUGGCCAGGAGCCAGAAAUGCCAUCCUGACCCAGUGGGACCGGACCCUGAAACCCACGAAGACAAGAGCUGUCGGGAACCCUCAGAAGCCUUGCUUGCUUUGCGGUUGGGUCAGGCUGUUCAUUCUCCCUGUUCUGUUCAUUGCUGUUUUCUUUGCAUUGAUCUAA